GUGAAGGUGGUAUUAGAUAAGAGGCGAGCAUGCAGAUAACAGGACAGCCUAUCUUCCACAGUUGUAGACUAACACUCAUCCAUAAAGGUACCUCAAGCCUUACUCUCUCCCCAUAACCAUACUUUAACAGCUACACCAGAGUGAUGGUGUUCCGUCUGCUGGUCGGCAUGUGUGUGUGCACAGGCCUCUUCGUGGCCUUCCUCUGCGUCACCCUACCUUCCAUCCCGCGUCCUCUUACUCCCGCCACGUUCGCCUACAGGUUCGACAGAGUGAGAGACGUCAUCAACUUGACGGGUACUCCAGUGAACACGAUCCCAGAUGAGGUGGGGUGGGAGGAGGACCUGUCGCAGGAGCCCUUGUGUAACGACAGCUCGCCCUUCAUCCUGGUGGUGGUGCCCUCAGCCCUCCACCACUUCCAGGAGAGACAAACUAUCCGCACCACCUGGGCCAGCCCUCACCUCUAUCCCUACACCUGGAUCAGGACAGUGUUCGUGCUGGGAGCCACGAGCAACAACACCCUACAGGAGCUGAUCUACCAAGAGAUGGACCUCCACCACGACAUCAUCCAGAACACCUUCGUCGACUCUUACAGGAACCUGACCUACAAGACCAUCUCGUGGUUGUCAUGGGUGAGGGACUGGUGCCCCGAGACGCCCUUUGUGGCCAAGAUCGACGACGACGUUGUGGUGAACCCCUUCCACCUCCUCCAGUACCUAAGGCUACAGAUCUCCAGGGACUCGGCGCCCUCCAAGAUCCACGGCCGCCUCUCUAGAAGAGCCCCGUCUCACAGGAACGGCAAAUGGGCCGUGACUGAGGAGGAGUACCCGGACAAAUUCUUCCCGCCCUUUGUGUUCGGUCCCGCGUACAUCGUGGGCCGCAACGCCGUGGAGCGACUACUGGCGUAUGUCGCCCACACGCCCUUCCUCUGGUUGGAGGACGUGUAUAUCACGGGGCUCGUCGCUCGCGCCGCAGGAAUCAGACAUGUGAACAUCGGCAGGGAGCUCUACACGAAGAAGCCCACGCGGAAGCUGUACGGGGGAAAAGUCGCGUUCUACAUAGGCGCGAGUGAGAAGAACAAGGCGGUCGCCUGGGCGGGAAUCUUAAAAUACGCGGGACUGAAGAAUCGUCGCAAGAGAAAGUAAUGUAGUUUGCCCAGGUACUGGAACCACGCCUGGGGGACCGAGGAACUGACCCACGCCUGGGGAACAGAGGAAUUGACCCACGCCUGGGGGACAGAGGAACUGACCCACGCCUGGGGGACAGAGGAAUUGACCCACGCCUGAGGGACAGAGGAACUGACCCACGCCUGGGGGACAGAGGAAUUGACCCACGCCUGGGGGACAGAGGAAUUGACCCACGCCUGGGGGACAGAGGAACUGACCCACGCCUGGAGGACCAAGGAACUGACCCACGCCUGAGAGACCGAGGAACUGACCCACGCCUGGGGGACCGAGGAACUGACCCACGCCUGGGGGACCGAGGAACUGACCCACGCCUGGGGGACCGAGGAACAGUCCCCGUAGCACAGUGGUAAAACACCCGGCCGACGCUUCGCGAGCGCUUUGGUUUGGGUUCUAUCCUGGCCGGGGAGGAUUAGACUGAGUGCCAAUCCUUAACUGUAGCCUCUGUUUACCCAACAGUAAAAUGGGUUCCUGGUUGUUAAUCGAUUUGGC